AGGAGAAAUCGAUUUUCUGUAAAAAUGACUGCGCAAGGAUCACAUGCUAAAAUGAAGGAAUUACGUUUACCCAUGUCAAGGGUAAAAACGAUUAUGAAAAGUUCUCCUUAUGUUGAUACAAUCGGUCAAGAUGGAUUAUAUCUAGUCACAAAAGCUACGGAACUAUUUAUACACUAUCUAACGGAAGAAGCACAUUUACAAAACAACAAAGGGAAUUCUUUAGACUACAAACAUCUGGCAGAGGUGGUACAGACCAAUGAUACAUUGGAAUUUCUCAGGGAAAUAAUGCCAAGGAAGAUCACAGUCAGGCAAUUCAAAGAAAUGAUGGCUGCCAAAAAUUCACAUAGUAGUUCAUCAGAGAGUAGCUCAGACUCAGAUAGUGAUAGUGAGUCAGAUACAGAUUCUUGUUCUGAUAGUGAUAGAAAGGCAGAAGAUGACAACUCAUCAAAUAGUGAACAAGAGAGUGAGGCAAAAGAGAACGGUAAAUGUGAUUCUGCCAGUGAUAAAAGUGAAGCUAGUGACAAAAGUGACAGUGAAGAUGAAACCAAAAGAUAGGACAGUUAAUAUCCACUUUCAUCUAUAUUUUCAUAAGACAGGCUCUCUGAUUAUUUAAGAAGUACGACAAACUU